AUGUCAGUAGUCAUACACUGCGAUUCGCAAGUUGUUGUUAGGCACAUCAACGGUGAUUACGGGACCAAAGGGGAACGGAUGAGGGAAUAUCUGAGCAUAAUCAAAGGAAAGGUGAACGAGGGGCUCUCGGCCAAGUGUGUGCAUAUCCUAAGGGAGGAAAACGAACAGGCGGAUCGUUUGGCCAAAGCUACAUCUGCAGAGUGGAUGGUCGUCACUAAUCAGAACCACUACUCCUCUCUCGAUCACCCUCAGGCCAACGGACAAGUUGAGGUUACAAAACGAUCCUUACUCAAGAUGAUCAAGACUUGGCUAGAUGGGGCAAAGGGUAUAUGGCCGAACGAAUUACCUGGUGUCCUGUGGGCAUAUCAUAUGACAGCUCGUACACCUAUAGGGGAGACACCUUUCAGACUCGCGUUCGAAAGUGAAGCCGUCAUCCAGGCAGAAGUUGGAUUGGCCAACUAUCGGAUAUCCCACCAUAAUGAAGAAAGGAAUGAAAAGGAGAUGCGCCUACAAUUGGACCUUCUUGACGAAGUUAGAGUGACGGCAAAACACUACAACACUAAAGUCAAGCCUCGUCAUUUUCAGGUCAGAGACCUGGUUCUAAGGAAAGUGAUGACGGCUACUAGAGACCCCGCACAAGGCAAGUUGGGCCCCAAUUAG